AUGUUCAUCGGGGGGUUGAACUGGGAAACCACAGAUCAAUCCUUGAAGGACUACUUCUCUCAGUUUGGAGAGGUGCAGGAAUGUACCGUAAUGCGAGACAGUGCUACAGGUCGCUCCAGGGGUUUCGGCUUCUUGACUUUCAGAGACCCUAAGACUGUGAACACGGUGAUGGUCAAAGAGCACUAUCUAGAUGGGAAGAUCAUCGACCCCAAGCGUGCGAUCCCGCGUGAUGAGCAGGAGAAGACCAGCAAAAUCUUCGUUGGUGGUGUCAGUCAAGAAGCAAACGAGCAUCAAUUCAAAGACUUCUUCACCCAGUUCGGUCGAGUGAUUGAUGCUACCCUAAUGAUCGACAAGGAUACUGGUCGACCCCGUGGUUUUGGUUUCGUGACCUUUGAUAGUGAAGCCGCUGUGGAGGCCGCUCUCUCGCGCCCUUUGGAAAUUCUCGGCAAGCCCAUCGAAGUCAAAAAGGCUCAACCUAGAGGCAAUCUGCGUGAUGAGGAAGACCGCAGGUACCGCCGCGGCAGGGACUCUUUCCGAGAAGGAGGCCAGAUGGGUAGCGAUGGAUCCCAGCAGCAAGCGGGUGCCCAGGGACAAGCCAACAUGGCUAGUGGUCUGACACCGCAAAUGAUGGCGCAGUAUUGGCAGAGAAUGCAGCAGUACUUUGCCCUGAUGCAACAGCAGAUGGCUGUCGCCGCCGCUCAAGGUCAAGGGAUGGGCGGCAUGGGAAUGGGUGGAAUGAGCCCUGCCAUGAUGCAGCAAAUGCAAAUGAAACAGAUGCAACAGAUGCAGAUGGGUAAUAACCAGCCGCAAGGAAGUCUCAGUCCCCCUUCGCAGAGCGCAACUCCCCAGGCAAUGCCGAACAUGAUGAAUCCCGCGAUGAUGCAGCAAAUGCAACAGAUGCAGCAGAUGCAGAGCCAAGGGCAGGGCAACAAUGUUGGAGGCAUGCCGGCUCAAAUGGGGAAUUCCAUUGGGGGGGCAGCAGCAGCAGCAGCAGCAGCAGCAGCAGGCGGGACUAGACCUGGCUAUAACGCCCAAGAACAGAUUGCCUUUGAACAACAAAAGUAUGAGCAGCAGCAGGUGCGCCGAGCGAUGGAAAACCGGGCCUUCUCUCCAUAUCAACAGGGCGGGCCAACAUCAUGGGAAGGCAUGUAUGAUGAAGUACCUCAGCCUAACAUCCCCACGGGUCCCCAGGCCAUGAACCGUGCCGGGAGCAUGGGACGUGGACCUACACCACAGCCUCAAAGUGCCGCCCCAGCGAAUGCUCCAACCGGGCCAAAGAACGCUGGCAAGCCCGGCGCCAAUUAUCGUGGAGGCGGACGGGGAGGACAUCGGGGCUUCCAUCCCUAUGCCCGGGGAUGA